AUGAAAUCCCCAUUCAGCUUUGCUAUGCUUACGCUAUUGUGUUUUUCUGGGGCUCAAGCCACAUUCACCGAGGCAGACAAGCAACGUGCUGUUUCUCUACAUAACAAUCACCGAUCUUCCGUGAUGCCCAGCGCUAGCAAUAUGAAGUCCAUCGAGUGGGACGAGGGUCUCGCCACAGCCGCCCAGCAAUUGGCCGACAGCUGCAAAUUCGAACAUAACCGUGCCGGGCAAAACAUAUACGAGGGCAGUGAUGCAACAGAUCUUUUGAAACAGGCAAUAGAGGCGUGGCAUAAUGAACAAAAAGACUAUAAUUACGAUAGCAAUACAUGCAGCCCUAAUGCGGUCUGUGGACAUUACACUCAAGUUGUUUGGGCCGACUCUUCCAAGGUCGGAAUGGGUGUAUCGAGGCGGUGUGAGAAUGGCAUGUAUAUUGUAGUUGCCAACUAUGACCCUGUUGGCAACUAUGCUGGGGAAAAGCCUUACAGACAACGGUGA